CAGAGUCACACACACACUGAAGCCAACCAAGCAGCCUUUUGGACAUAACAUUAUAAACAUGGGACAUUGGUGUGCAGUGUGUCUGUUUGUUGUUCUGCUGCUGUGUUCAGCUCCAGCAAAGGCUGAUGUAACUGAAGGGACAUUUUCUGGCAAUUCGGAUAAUUCUGAGAAAAUCAGUGCUUCCGAUGGAACAAGCAGUUUGGGAAGCUUUGAUGGCACAGCAGGACCCAGUAAGAGAAAUGGAACCGGCCGGCUGCUGGUGGUGCCGAUGGACGGUAGCCACUGGACUGUGAUGAAGGUGGUGGCAGAGGAACUGGGGCGCAGAGGCCACGCGGUAAUGGUGUUGAUGCCGGAGGUCAGCAUGCGCUUAGGCUCUGGGAAGCACUAUACAAGCAAAAGGUUUCCAGUUCCAUACACUCAGGAACUGUUUAACCAGCUGACACAAGAUUCCCAGCAGCUGAUUGGCUCUACAGCAGGUCUGUUUGAAAGGAUCUCAGGAAGACUAAAACACAUGAGAGAGAUUAUGAAUCUGAUCAUCUCCACUAGUGAGAGUUUGUUACUUAACCAUGAACUAGUGGAGUUUUUACGGAAGCAGGAUUUUGACGCAGUACUGACAGACCCUGUAACGCCCACUGGAGCCAUUUUAGCCUUUAAUCUGUCUCUGCCUGCCAUCUACAUGCUGCGUGGGUUACCGUGUGGAAUGGAUGCCAUCGCCACAGGCUGUCCCGACCCUCCUUCCUACAUCCCCCGCUUUUUCACUAAAAACACAGACCGCAUGUGCUUCACUGAGCGUGUGUUAAAUGUGGUGGUGUAUAUGCUGGAACCAGUGAUGUGUAAGCUGGUCUUCUGGUGGUUUGAUGAUGUAGCAUCACGGUUCCUGCAGCGCAGUAUCAGUAUGGCUGAGAUUCUAAACACAGCUGCAGUAUGGCUGCUGAGAUAUGACUUCACCAUGGAGUUCCCCAAACCACUCGCACCCAACACCGUGCUGAUUCCAGGACUAAACUGUGCUGCUACUGGUGCUCUGGACCCGGUAGUGUUGGAGUUUGUGGAAGGAUCCGAACAUGGAGUUGUUGUUUUCACACUUGGUUCUUUAGUGCCAUCGCUGCCAAAGGAGAAGGCAGCCAUUUUCUUCCAGGCCUUCAGAAGAAUUCCCCAAAGAGUAAUAUGGAGAUACACAGAUGAAGUUUCUCAUGAAAUACCUGGGAAUGUAAAGCUGAUGAAGUGGCUUCCUCAGAACGACCUGCUGGGUCACCCGAAGACAAGAGCAUUUAUUACUCACGGUGGCUCACAUGGUAUCUAUGAGGGCAUUUGUCAUGCUGUUCCCAUGGUGAUGAUGCCACUCUUUGGUGAUCAGGGUGACAAUGUGCAGCGAAUGGUCAGUCGUGGAGUGGGCGUAGCCCUAAACUUCUAUGACAUCACAACUGAUGUGAUAGUCAAUGCCCUGAAUGCUGUUAUCAAUGACAGCAGUUAUAAAGAGAGGAUGAUGAAACUAUCUGCUCUUCACAACGAUCAACCAGUAAAGCCGCUGGAUCUCGCAGUUUACUGGACAGAAUAUGUAAUGAGGCAUAAAGGGGCGGAGCAUCUACGCUUAGCAGCUCUUAACCUUAACUGGUUCCAGUAUCACAGCCUUGAUGUGCUUGGCUUUCUGCUGGUUGUCAUAGUGAUUGUUGUCACAGUGAUGAUAAAAUGGUUCAUGUUGUGUUUAAGAUGCUGCAGGAAGUUACAGAAAAGGAAAGUGGAGUAA